CUCAACACAACAAUUGGCACCCUUCAUGAUUGGUCAUUGCAGUGGGUAAUAAAUGGAUAUCACACUAUAAACAAGCCUGAGCUUGUAAAGCAGGCAUUUUUCAUGUGUAAGGCUGGGGAGAAUUUCAAUCUCUCAUUCACAAGCCUCACAAGUCAAGAGGUGUUGCAAUAUUUACAUGAUGUUCAGAAGAAUGAUCCAGCUGGAUGGACAAGGAUUGCUACUGCUCAGUACAAGACUGUCAGCAUCAACCAGGCAACAGACUCCAAGUCAGAGGACAAGGCCACUGAUACUAUUGGAGUUGAAUCCCCCUUUGACAAUGCUAGCAAGCAUGACCUUGAUGCCAGUGACAUGCCAAUGGAUGCACUUCUUGAUCAUAUGGCUUCCAGGGGUGAACAUGUCUGUUCUGACUGCCGUAUUGAUGCAGAUGGCGGACUUCUGUGUUCAAACCACUCCAAAGUCUAUGAUGUGGGUGACAUUACUGCUGAAGAUGUGGAGAGUGGCUCGAACAGUGUUCCGAAGGUUGAUUACGGGCAUGGAAAGUGUAGAUGCAUCGCAAAUUCGAUGUAUGAUGAUUUCUGGUCCCAUUAG